CCCCUGUACCGCCGCGCGUCUCGUGUAUAAAAGGCGCUCCCGCUCGUGCAUUGUAAGGUUGUUCACGCACCCCGCGCGCUCGUACGAGCGGCGCUCCUCCCCUCCCCCACAACGCACGCAGGGUGGAAGAGACGCGCGGAGAUCUACGGCCCCCGAGUCGAUCAGCGGGCGCAGUUUUUGUGUGCGUGUGUUUUGUUAUUUUUUUUUGUUCAAGUGGGGUUGGGGAUGCCAGCCUCUACCAGCGACAGAGCCACGUUUCAAGAGGGAUCAGCUUUUCGGUAGCUAUUUGGGCUCUUGCUGAUACUGCUGCUGCUGCACAUCACAUCAACUGUGCGACGGAACAAAUUCAACAUCAGCCGUGCGUGUGCACAGCUCUUCGGGAUACGCGGCUGAACUGAGCGGUCGGAGGGAAAUUGGGAACGAGGCGUGGAUAAUUAUUUUCUUGGGAGGUGGGAGGGAAACCUUGUGGUUUUGUUUGCGCGGUUGUGUUUGUGUGUGUGUGCGUGUGUAUAUAUGUACACACGCACACACACGCACACACAAACAAGACGAGACUCUCGAGAAGACAUCAUCAGCCAGAAGCAGAGCUCCGUCUCCCAACAACCGCCGUGGAAGAAGAGCAUGAAGGAGGCUCCUUUUACGCAUGAGCGUCGCCACGCGCCUACGAUGAGCAGCAGCGCGCACCGCCGCCAGCCGCCGCGCACCAAGCCGCCGUCGGGACGAUGAAAUCGUACGUCUACAGCCGCCUGCUGGUGGUCUUCCCCUGGGUCCUGGUCGUGAUCCUGGUCAGCGACUUGGACUUGAGCAAGAGCCGGCUGCGCCACGGCUACUUCCACCACGCGCGGGGCCCCCCGAGGAACGAGUGUUGCAACGCCAGCAGCAGCAGCAGACCGCUCGUCCCCGUGGUGUACUGCAUCACCCCCACGUACAGCCGCGCCGUGCAGAAGGCCGAGCUCACGCGGCUGGCCAACACGUUCCGCCAGGUGCCGCGCUUCCACUGGCUCGUGGUGGAGGACUCUGGCCAGAAGACGGCCCUGGUGGGCGCCCUACUGGCCGGCUGCGGCGUGGCGCACACGCACCUCAACGUGGCCACGCCGAGGAGGUUCAAGCGAGCGGGGCAGCCCAGGGCCACGGAGCAGCGCAACGAGGGCCUCAAGUGGCUGCGGAGGAACAGAGCCGCGUCCCGCGACCGGGGGGUCGUGUUCUUCGCGGACGAUGACAACACCUACAGCCUGGAGCUCUUCCACGAGAUUCGCAGCGUCCGCCAGGUGGGCGUGUGGCCCGUGGGGCUCGUGGGCGGACGGCGCUACGAGCGGCCCCUGGUGGAGAGAGGCCGCGUCGUGGGGUGGUACACGGGCUGGCGGCCCGACCGGCCCUUCGCCACCGACAUGGCAGGAUUUGCAGUCAAUCUGGAGGUCCUUCUCUUAAACCCGAAAGCCGUGUUCAAGAGGAGAGGCUCGCAGCCCGGCAUGCAGGAGUCCGACUUCCUCAAGCAGAUCACCACCAUGGAGGAGCUGGAGCCCAAGGCAGAUAACUGCACCAAGAAUGAUAAAAUAAUUAGGGCGUGAUUCACUUCUCUGCCAAUGCCAAAUGAGGUGUCCUGGCUGCGCCCUUGCUAGCUGCUUCCGAGCACCACAUUCAGAUCCUCAUAAUGGCCUAGCCGGUAACGCCUUGCCCCCUUCCAUGCUAUACCCAACACAAUACGAUAUUAAUUUUCACAAUAUGACAAUUACAGUAGCAUGAUAUCCGAUUCCUAUAACUUUGUAGUAGUAUCUAGCAGUUUUGUUGUAUUGAUUUUGUGUAUUGCUGUCUUUCCAUUACAAAUAAAGAUGACUCAAAGGUUUAUUAUGUUGAGUGAACUGCUUUUGCAACUUCGCAACCUAUAAUGCUUAAUACGCACACGCUAUCACCGAUGCGAGAAAUAACUCAUUAAAUCAACUACCGCAGUAGUCCAGGCUCACUGUAAGCUGUGGUGCGGGAAAACAAGCAUGUUUCGUGCACACAUCUAAUUAUUGUCUUUAUCAUUUGACAUUUAUUUUGCCAGAAUGAAGGAUGUCGAAAAAACGGUCACGACAAUUAGCAAAACGGACGAUACGAUUAUCGUGGACCUUGUCCUGUAUGGUCAAUUGUAGUAUUACCUUUAUGGGGCCGACCCUAAUAAUAAUAAAAAAAACAACGGGUAGAGCCGACACAUGGGCUGGCUGUCCUGGGGUGUUGGUGCUAAAUACUACGCGCGUACAAUGGAAAUGAUUUUCAGAAAUGUUUAGCACCAUUAGUCCGCGAGCCCAGACUGGAUGUUUCACUUGUCGAAACCACCUGAAGUGGCAUAACUUUAGCUAUUCCAAAUGCUCAAUGUGGCCAACAACAGUGAAUUAUGUGAUAACAAUUUGAAGCGAAUAGCCGUAUAAAUAAAAUGGCUCUGCUCACCUUUUACUACCUGAGGCAGUACCAAUUUCCCCGCUAGCCCAUGGAUUACUCGUAAGGGACUCCUGUUGAUCUCAAGCGUCGCUGCUGGUGGUACCAUGGACAGCGCAGCAUUGCCACCUUGCAACGCCACAGUGAGCAGUUUGGUUCGUGAUAUGGAGACACCACAUAUCUAUAAGGUCCACGAUAAUUAUAAUGUUUUGCAAAAUAUUGUGUUUGUCAUUGCUCGUUUAUUCUUUAUUUUAUUCCCUAACCAAAUAGUUAUGAAACGACAAAAGCACAAUACUGACACUUCUAAAUAUAUAGCGUUUGCUAAAUAAUUGAGUGCUGAGUACAAUGUAUUAAAAUUGACAGCUCAGUGGUUAUAAUUUUGUAGUUGGGUUGAUUAUUUAAUUACUCCUUGUGUCAUUAACAGCAAGUGCGUUAUAGGUUGUCAAGUGGCAGGCCUAAAUUCAUACUGGAAGUACAGCAAAGCUAAAAAAAACGAGACUGUAAAAAUGCUAAAUCCUAUUACAAAUAUAUUGGAAAACUGAUACCAUGAAAAUACAUCAAUCCCUCAUCACGUGAAAAUUGUCAUCAUCACGUGAAAUAUUACAUCGCGGCAACCCGAGCGAGUACGACAACGGCACUCUGCGGAAAGGUGCAUGGGGCCAGGCAGCACGUUGACCGCUGGUCGAGUGGGGGCUCAGAGGGUGAUUGAGACACAAGCACGUGCCACACUACCAACACCGUGCCGCCAACCCCUGGUGUAAAAUUCCCACCAGCUCGGAGCUGCAAUGGGAAUCUGUUGGGCGCGCAAACUCUCAUCCGUUACACCCACGCCCACUAUCGUGGUCAUCUUAUUCUUAUGGCUGAUGUUGAUGAGUCAAACAAUUAUCACUGUGAUGCCUCAUUCGCGUUUAAGAUUCGGGCAUUGGGUCGUUGUAUGACUCAUUGUCCGGUCUGGCUGAUCACAGUCACAUACCGGAGAAUAUUUCAUGUCCUAUAUGGCUCAUAACUGUCGGUCCUGUGAGAAUUAGAAGAUAUGAUUAUCAUAGGAACGCAACAAAAAAUGGUUGUUGGCUACUAGUUCCUGUCAUAAUUGCGAUAAGAUUACUGGUGAGAUGUGAAUCACGUACUUACUGUAUAGUAAGGUACUUUUUUU